AUGGGGAGAUUCACCAAUGAUAUUGAGAAGCAAGCCGAACAGUGUAUAAUCGAUCUAAAGCAUAGGGCUGAGACUACCGGUGGCAGAAUCGAUGAAUUGUCGCCGAAAAUAGACCACUUAAAGGAUAGUCUUGAAUCUGUGGAAGACUUAUUUUUUGCUCGAUUCAAACACACUGAGACAACGGACGCGGUCAGCUUGGGGGCACAGAAUGCUGCCAACCUGCAGAAGGUGCUGGAAGUGGUAUUGAAGAGCGUUCUGGAGGGCCAAGCCGAGGUAGCAUCUUCCUACGAAAAAUCAAUACGGCUCGCCAAUCAACGUGCAGCGUCUACAGUGGACACAGCAAUGCAAGCAGUCGCACUGGUUGUUGAAUCCGCGGAGCAUUUACGAACCCAAGUGGAACUAUCACGACUCCAAGCAGCCGAAUUAGAGUCACGGCAGUCCAACCUAGAAGAGGGCAUGAACCGGCUUAUUAAUAUCACAGAGAAUUUAGCAAUCAAGUAUGACGACCAUACGAGCCUUCUGCGUCAAGCACACAAUAUAACAAACGCCAUCCUUGUAACACUGGAGAACACAGCUGCUUCAGCGGUCAAUAUUAACAAAUCAGUACUCAAGCAAUUGGCUAAUUCGUCAUGGUGGCCUAUUUGGUGCCCUGCCGCAUCACUAGUGCUUGGCUCGUACGGACUUCCUCCUUCUGGGAUAAGGAAUUUGGCACUGUUGACCUUAGGUGCGUACUUGAUUGUGAUCUGGAACCAAGGAACCGCUGACAUAAGGAAGGCGAAGUAG